AUGGGACAAUCUCGCCAAGGUUUUUCUCAGCCCCGCACCGUCCGAAUAGGAUCUUCAGGUCAGGGUUCUUCGUCGUUUGGAACGCAGUCGGCACAAGGCACCCGCGCCUCAAAUCCUGACCGUGUUUCCGGUGGUGGAUUUCAGUCACAAUCAGAACAAACAACCUCUAAUCCUGGCCGUUCUUCUGGUGGCUCCUUUGACCUUCAAAUGAUGCAACAGCAACAACAACUACAGCAACAAAUCCUUCAACAACAGCAGGAAAUUAUGCAACAGCAGCAGCAACUAAAACAACUACAACAGCAGCCACAGCCAGUUGUACAGCAGGCCCCGCCCCCAGCACCCGCUCCGCAACCGGUACAGCAGAUUGCGCAUGCGCCUAUGGGCAUGAUGAACCCAAUGGCUGGACUCAUGGGUGCAAUGGACCCGACAAUGGGCUUGAAUCCAAUGGCUGGCAUGGGUGUCAUGGGUGGCAUGGGCGCCAUGGGUGGCAUGGGUGGCAUGGGUUUGGGGCUCGGAAUGGGUGGUUAUGGGAUGGGUGGCUAUGGGAUGGGUAUGCCUUUCAUGUCAUAUGACACAAUGGAAGACUUGAUGUUGGAUCCUGACACGCCAAGCAGCUCGCAUAUGGCGGCGGCCGCAGGAGCGGCAGCUGGAGCCGCGGCUGCGGGAGCCGCAGCGGCCAGGGCGGCGGGAGCUGCAAGAACAGCUGCUGUAGCCCAAGCCCCGGCAGUUGCACCCGUGGCCCAGGCUACGCAUGCGCAACCGGCGGCUGGAAGUUCCAUUGAUCCAUCCGUAAUAGCUUCCGCUCUUCAGACUGCGCUCAGUCGCGUCCAACAAAAGCAAGCGUCAGGAAGCGUCGUUGGCUAG